UGUGCUUGCGCGCGAUCGGGGAGGUCUCCUCCUCCUUCCCUCCCCUUUGGCGAACGGCGGCGGCUGUGGAGGCCGCCCGGCGACGCGAAGGCGCCUCCAAUCAAUCUUUCCUCCGUGCCCUAGAGCCGCCGCCGCCGUUCCCGAGUCCGCCUCCUCCAUCCUUCUACCUCAUCGCGUCCCCGCCGUCUCCGCAAUGGAGGAGGUGCCGAAACGGGAGCAGAACCUGGUGAAGGUGGGGAUGGACACCUGGAACCAGUCGUUCGGUGCACCCAGCAAGACCAGGUUAGUCCAUAUCCUCAAGAAUCUCCACACCGCGGAGGUCAAAAUCUACUCGGACGCGUCGAGGGAGUUCAUCCAGCUAUUGGGCGGCGAUUCUGGUGGCGAGGUGCUCCGGGACUAUGUCCAGCAGUCCCCGCGGCUCGUGGAGCUGAUGGAGGCAUGGCGGCUGCACCGGGAGAAGCCAGGGAUGGCCUACAUGCUCUCCCUGUUUGCCACUGUCCUGGGCAACCCCGGUGGCAAGUCGCGGCAGCAUGCCUUUUCUAAGAAGUGCUUGGACGCCGUUGCUAGGACGAUACUGGAGGAUAAGGACAAGGUGGGGGAUGUGCACCGUGAACUCAACAGCGGCGAGUUCCGGCGCCAGAAUGCCGCACUGGAUUUGCUUGCUGCCAUUGUCAGGCGUGGUGGGGGGUUGGCGUCAGAGGUUGCCGAGAGCUUUGAUUUCAAGAUGGCUCUUGUCACGCAACUAGCAGGGAUACAGAAGAAGAGAGGGGGCAGGGAUGGGAGGAAUCAGAAGAAAAAAGGUGCUAAUUUUGGCUCUACAAGGCGAUCACUUGUUGGGUUUGCCAUGUCGUUCCUUGAGGUUGGGAACCCCAAGCUGCUAAGAUGGGUCCUUCAACAGAGGGAGCUUUACUCAGGGGUGCUACGCGGGAUUGGAGAAGAUGAUGCUGAGACCGUUGUGUAUGUCCUCUCAACACUGCGGGAUAAUGUUUUGGUAGAGGAGUCGCUUGUCCCACCAGGGCUCCGCAGUGUCCUUUUUGGAAGUGCCACAUUGGAACAGCUGAGCUUGAUAUCGGGGAAUUUGGAUCCAGGUGAAGCAGCUGACCUUGCUCAUCAAGUGCUUGUCAUGGUCUGCACUGAUCCAAAAAAUGGAUUAAUGCCAUCCUCACAUUUGAGAGGUAACGAGAAACACUUGCUGGAUCUGAUGAAGAAGUUGCAUUCUACUGAGAGCAUUCACCACAAGAAUCUGUUGCUGGCUAUUGUGAGUAAGAGACUUUCUUUUUGCGCGGCAUACAUGAAUGAGUUCCCUUACAAUGUUGAACCACGGCCAUCCCCCUCUUGGUUUGCUGCCAUCUCCCUAGCAGCGGAUAUAAUAUCUUCAGCACAAACUGAUAGCAUAUUUCAUAGUUUCCUGUCACAUGAUCUGGUAUCCGUCGAUGAUGAACAAGUACAGGUAGUUCUGAAGUGCAUCGUGCCCCAUGUAUGCUCUCGAGCAGUGAUAAAUAGGGGAUUGCAGCAUUCUAAUGAUCUUGUGAAGCAUGGUUCUCUGAGGCUUGUUUUUGAGUCAGUGAACCUACUGUGCUAUGUUACUGAAGCAAUCAAUGGCGUGGUAUCAAGUGUGGGAUCGACAUCAGAAUUCAGUAGCUCAACUAAAGGGAAAAUCAGAAUGAACAGUUUCCCUGGAUUAAGUUGUUCCACUGCAACAGAUGCAUUCUUGGUAGAUAAACUUAACCAGGGAGACCAAAUGCGUGUCAAGAGGUGGAUAUCUCUGAGAGAAUACAUUCAAGAUGAAGUGCGCGGAGCUAUUCCUGAUCCACAGGUCCUUCUGAAGUUACUUUCUUCUGCCAGUCAGAAACACCAAAAUUGUUCUCAGAGUAGACUUGAGAGACGUGCUCAGGUUUCUGAGCCUCAAAAGAAACAGAGGUGUAAUGCUAACGAUGAUAUUAUUAUUGGUGGAAUUGAUGUUGAGUGGGCCAAAAAUGUAUCUGAAGAGCAAGACCAAGACUUGGCAAGCGAUCCUGCUACCACUCUGUUGAGAUAUGGGGCUUAGAUAGGCAAGAUGUGGAGAUGAAAGGUGCAGAAGUGGUAGACAGUGUUUUCCACUCGAAGUUGCUUGAUGUUCUCCGGCUCUAUUUGAGGGUAAUGCCCAGCUCAUUUGAUGGAUCAUUUGACUUCUUUAGGGUUAUACCACCUAAUCCGUUGGAUCUAUCCAAGGAUGAGCAGCACUCCUUAUUGUCACUUUUAGUUGAGUAUUCAGGGCAACACGAGGGACAUUGGGACCCAGAGAGAGUUCCAGAAUCAAUGCACAAGCAUUUGCAACCACUGAUUGACAUCAUGUUGCACUCACCAGUUAAGAUCAUCCGUGAGCGUACAUUUUAGUUAAAGCUGCUCUAACAAGUUCUGGUGCG